CCGACUGUGCGUAAUGGAUGCAAACUGCAAAGUCGCCUGCUGCCCGAUCAAUGAUCAUAGACCAUAGUGAAUAGUGAUCAAACACUUCACUCGUUCACUCUUCAGUUCAAACGUUUCAGUACUUACGUAGUUACGUCGCCGUCGCGGUGAGUGUUGAGAGAAGAAACUGACAAAAACGCCUAUCUUGGACAACAGGGAUAUAUUUAUAUGGUAUAACAUUCCAUUCCAGUCAUUCACUCUUCGACAGUUGACAGUUGUCAUUCAAAUAUUCAACGUUGUUAUUACAAGUACCUACUUGAUAGUAUAUAUUACUGAAUGGUAUAUUUUCUGUCUGUGGACUGUGACUUUGUUCUAACACGGUAACCAUUUUCAACAUAUUUCAAAAGGUUUUAAAAUGUCAGUUAAUGAAAUGAACGAUUUACAAACUGCAUGUGAAAAUGAUUUAAAACCAACUGUAGAAUUCAAAAAUUCUGAACUAAAAAAUUUUAUAAAUUGCACUCACUCUGUUCAACUACUUGAAGACUUAAAAUUAUUACGCGAUAAUGGAGAUUUAUGCGAUAUUAAACUGAAAGCAAAUGAUGGUAUAAUAAUAUUUGGACAUAGAAACGUUCUAGUAGCAGCUAGUAAAUAUUUUCGUGAAAUUUUAGAAUGUUUUGAUAGAAACAAAAGUCUUAUUAAUAUAAAGAAGUUGGAUUCCACUGUAUUAAAAAUAUUAUUAGAUUAUAUUUAUACUGGAAAUAUUGAAGUCUCCGAUAAAAAUGUUUAUGUUUUAUUACCAGCAGCUAAUCUUCUACAGUUGGACUAUGUGAGUAGUGUGUGUGCUGAUUGUUUAAAAACAUAUCUGGAUGCUUCAAAUUGUCUUAGCAUUAAAGAAUUUGCUAAAUUACAUAACUCUACGGAAUUGUUGUCAAGUUCUGAAGCAUUCAUUAAUAAACAUUUUUUACAAGUGGUUAAAUCCGACGAGUUCAUAUCUUUAACUCAUGAAAAAGUGAUUGAAUUGAUAUCCUGUAAUGAUAUUGCUGUUCCUUGUGAAGAAAAAAUAUUUGAAUGUGUUAUAAAUUGGGUAAAACAUGAUUUGGAUUUGAGAGAAAAUUUUUUGCCACAAUUAAUGGAACAUGUGCGUUUACCAUUAGUAGCACCUAAUAUACUAAAACGUAUAAUUGAAGAACCUCUUCUUAAAAAUAGUCCUAAAUAUAAUGACAUAGUUUCAGAAGCAUUGCAUUUUCAUCUAAUUAAGACAGUUCAAUAUUUCACUAUUCCACUAACGAUUCGCUGUAAUCCUAGACAGUUUGGUAGCUUAAAAAAAAUUAUUCUACUGUUCUGUUAUUUUAAAGUUCCUUCUUUAGAAUUGAUUGCUAUAUGGUUUGACCCAGUAUCUAAUCUAUUUAAGGCUGCAGGAAAACUGAAAACUGAUAUAGUGAAAUAUAAUAUAGACAAGAAGUUAGGCGUGAUGAGAGAACAAUUUGUUUUUGCUAUGGGAGAUAAUGGAGAAAAUCUCUUUCAAUCUGUUAAUAUGCUUGAUGUAUUUUCGCCAUCAUUUUGUUGGAAACCGAUGGCUGAUAUGUUAGUUUAUCGAAAAAACCCUGGAGUUGGUAUAAUAAAGGAUAGUAUAUAUGCUAUUGGUGGAUUUAAUAUUCAUCAUGGGCCGUUAGGUAGUGUAGAAGUUUUUGAUGUGAGUAUUCAAAAAUGGAAAAUGGUAUCUAGUAUGAAUACUGAAAGAGCUAAUUUUGGUGUUGGUGUACUCAAUGAUCAUUUAUACGUGGUUGGAGGUAUUAAUGGUAAUUAUUAUUUGAAAUCUGUUGAAUAUUAUGAUCCCACACUUGACACAUGGACACCAGUUGGAAAAUUGUUAAAAUGUUAUGGUGAAGUUGGUGUAGGAGUCUUGAACGGUGUUAUGUAUGCUAUAGGUGGUAGUGACUAUCUUAAAAGUGUAGAAGCUUAUAGACCAAGUGAUGGAGUGUGGUUUUCUAUUCCGGAUAUGAUUGAAGGCCGAAUUCAUCCUGGAGUGGUCGUAUUAAAUGGUUUAUUAUAUGUUUUUGGAGGAAACAGUGAAUUUAGUAGACAUUCUAGAGAAGUGUACGAUCCUUACACCAAUACCUGGUCCAUUGAUUAUUGGUUCCAAGAUAAAGAUUACACCUCCGUUUGUAGUGCAGUAGUUACUAAGACACCGCCAGAUUUGAUAGCUAACUAAAAUUUAUUUAUUCUAUCAUUUUUUGUUUCUGUUAAAAAUUUUUGCAUAUUAAAAUCAAGUAAUU